AUGACCGGUCAGAAGAUUCACAGCACAGGCUACGGCCUCAUGGGUCUAACCUGGAGAGCCGAACCACCGUCACAAGAACAGUCUUUCGAAGCAAUGCGCACUGCAUUGGAUCAAGGCGCCAACUUCUGGAACGGCGGCGAACUCUACGGCUCCAAGGAGCGCAACAGCCUGCACCUCCUCAACGAGUACUUCACCAAGUAUCCCGGCGACGCCUCCAAAGUCGUGAUCUCCAUCAAAGGUGGCAUGGCAGUCGGUAAACUGGAACCGGACGGCAGCGCGGAAAACACCCGCCGCAGCAUCGACGAGUGCCUGCGCGUGCUGGACGGCAAGAAGAAACUUGACAUCUGGGAAGCGGCGCGUGUGGAUCCCAACGUUCCCGUCGAGGUGACCAUGAGGGCCGCGAAUGAGUAUAUCAAAGCCGGCAAGCUAGGAGGCAUCAGUCUAUCCGAGUGCAGUGCCAACACCAUUCGCCGAGCUGCGAAGGUGGUCAAGGUCUCCGCCGUCGAAGUGGAAUUCUCGCUCUGGGAAACGACGAUCCUCGACAAUGGCGUGGCCAAGGCUUGUGCUGAUCUCGACAUCCCACUCGUGGCGUACUCUCCCCUCGGCAGGGGUUUCUUGACGGGCCAGAUCAAGAGCAUCGAUGACAUCCCAGAGAAAGACAUGCGCCGCACAGUACCUCGCUUUCAACCCGAGAACUUCGAAAAGAACCUCGAGCUCGUGCAUGAACUGGAGAAGAUUGCUCAACGCAAGAAGUGCACACCCGGGCAGGUCGGACUCGCAUGGGUCCGGGCGCAGAGCCGAAGGAAUGGACUGCCGACUAUCAUUCCGAUCCCGGGAGCUACGACCUCCGAGAGGAUCAAGGAGAAUAUGGUCGAGAUCGAGCUCAGCGAGAAUGAUCUCAAGGAGAUUGAGAGUCUGCUAGCGAGCGUAACGAUCGUCGGUGGCCGGUAUGGCGAGCAUGCUACACCGCUCUUGUUCGGUGACAGUCCUGAGGAGUAG